UGACAGACAAUCACAGUUCUGCUUUGCGUCGCGGUUGUUUUUUUCCAAAGUGGAGUAGCGCAACAGAACUCAGAAAGCCUACUUAGUUUUGCGCCUUUGAAGAUUUUUUUAUGGCUUUACUCUGUCGUUGGACUUGCAUCUAAGUGUGUUUUUGCGGUGUGAAAAACAUGACUGGAGUUUUUGACAGCCUCAGUACAGAUAUGCAUUCAAACCAGAUUACCUCCAGCAGUUACCACAGUCUGCACAAGUCCCAGGAAUCGCCGACUCUUCCGGUCUCCACCGCUACCGACAGCAGCUACUACAAUAAUAAUAACCAGCAGGCCGGGCAGUGCGCUGGCUCUCCGUACGGCCAGAUCAGCUCUUACCAGUACCAGAACAACAGCAUGAACAGCGUCCAGUACAACACGAAAUCAUACGAGCUGGGCUUCGGAAACGCGUUCGGCCCCUACGGCACCUACGGCUCCUGCUCCUCACCAACUCCCGCAGAUGCUGAAAAAGAAGAAAGCGAACCUGAAAUCCGAAUGGUCAAUGGAAAGCCAAAGAAAGUCCGAAAACCUCGAACUAUUUACUCGAGUUUCCAGCUGGCGGCCCUGCAGAGGAGGUUUCAGAAGACUCAGUAUCUGGCCUUGCCGGAGAGAGCUGAGCUCGCCGCAUCUCUGGGCCUCACGCAAACACAGGUUAAAAUCUGGUUCCAGAAUCGUCGUUCUAAGUUCAAGAAGUUGUGGAAAAGUGGCGAAAUCCCACCUGAGCAGCAUGUGGCCUCCAGUGAGUCUCCACCUCACCCCUCACCGCCUCUCGCCGCGGCCUGGGACUUCGCGCACAGCCAGAGAAUGAACACUGUAAACUCGGGUUUGCCGCAGAGCAACAGCCCCCCGAACACAACCACCCCUUCCUUUCUGACAAACUACCCCUGGUACUCAUCCACGAACUCUGCGGCGCACCUUCAGCCACCACUUCAUCACAAUACAACUGUUAGCGCCGGGACCAUAUUUUGACUCGGCCGACUUGGGGAAUUCAAUUUGCGAACUGAACUUCAAUGACUUUUAGGCCUGUUUUGCUGUCGUAAGUGGUGAGAGCUCGAUCUGCACCGAUGCCACGUUGAUCAUUGCCAGUGCGAUUUGGGCGUAACACUGUUUCUUGUCAUGCGAUGUCGCGUCAGCAAGCAGACACCACAGAAUCAAACAUAUACAAUUAUUUUUGUAUUUAUUUAUUUUGUUCUAUGAGUGGUACGUCUAUGGAUUAAAGUGAACUACAGUUAUCCAAAGCCUAGAGAGCUCAUGUGGACAUUAUUGGAGUGAAUAUUUGCAGCAGGGUGUUUAAGAGCGCAUGUAGCACAACCUAAAGCUGUUCGGUGCCUUUUUGAAAAUAACCUGACUUGUCGGUUUCCACGUGUUUCAUGCCUGUCUUUACUUUCAGAUUUGUUUUUGUUCGUUUUAUAUUUAGUAGCCUAUAAAUAAGGUAAGUUGAAAAUUUGGUGUCCGUCUUUGUGUCCCAUUGCGUCUAUUUAAUAACGUUGUUAUUCCUCAUCAUAAGAGUUUCACUGUUUAAAACACUAAUGAAAAUCGCACGCAAGCUACUGAUUGUCCUAAAGUCAUGUAUAUUUUUCUGGAGUACUUUGUUUUAUUUAUUUUGAAGCCGAAUGAACAUUUCUGCCACUAUAAUGAU